AUGAUGUCUGUUCAAAGUAGCAGCAGACCUUGCAGAACAAUCACCUUGCUUUGUUGGAUAGCACUUGUUUGCAGCAGUACUCAAGCACAGGAAGAACAAAAAUAUAACCGUACUUCCUUGAAUAGUGCCCGCGUCACCAAAAAUCUAGUGUUCCAUCUGGAUGCCGCCAAACAAAAUGCAAACCACAACAACCACAACAACAAUGUGGAAUCACGACUAUUAUCCAAUGCCCAGUCAUCUUGGUUCCGUAUUGAAAGCACAUCCAGUAACCAAUGUGUGGCGGUCUUGAAUGGAAAAACUGACUUUGAUACCCUCAUUCAUUUGACUGAUUGUGGUGAGGAUGAUGACUCAAAUGAAGACAAGACCUUGUGGACUCAAACCACCGACAAUUAUUAUGUCAGGUCCAAGCUCAAUCCUCAAAAGUGCAUUGUCACGACGGGACGAUUCCUCAUGCUCAAAAACUGUCCCGACGCCCAACCGCAGGUGGUGACGGGGGUUCGUGCCUCCUCUUCCAAGUCAGUCUCGGUGGCCUUGCCCACGGAUGCCGCCUUUGAGGCAUACGACGAUGAUACCAUUCGUCUACGAUCCAAUCCACGCAAAUGUUGGCAAUUGCAAGAAAUUCAUAAGGGUAUGAUUGAAAUGGCAGUUUGUGACCACAAACAACAACAACAUUGGAGUGCCACGACAGUGGUAAACAACAUUGCCAAAGUAAAGAAAGCUACCCGAGAAGCCGAAUUGAAAGCGCAAGGGUACACGGAUUGGUUGACCAUUCAAAGCAAGAUUACCACUACUACUACUACUACUACUACUACCACUACCACUACUACUGAACACGCCAAGUGCAUUGCGGUGGAAGGAGGAAAACCUCUCAAAUUGAAUCCCAUUGUCUUGGUGGAUUGCGACCAGUCGGAUGACGCACAGCUCUGGACGCACUUGUCAUUGGAAGCAGCCGCAGCAUCCACCACCACCACCACCACUGCCCAACACAAAAUAGGUGGUUCCAAAAUUGGAAUGAUUCGAUCCAAGCUCAAUCCAAGCAUGUGUCUAGUCCCGUCGGGGUCCGCCAAUGCCAGGGUUCCCUUGAUCUUGUGGGAUUGCGAUCCCGACGAAGUUUUUGGAUCUUGGACCAUUUCGACACAAGAUUUUUCGAUUCGGACCACCAAGGAUCCACAAGUAUGUUUGGAUACCUACAAUGAUCAUGGUGGCAGUGAAUCGAAACAGUACGACGUGGUCGUUGGAACUUGUCCAGUCGACGACACUAGGACCACAACCAUUGGCCAUGGGAAAGAGUGGGUCACCAAAUUGGCUACUGAUUAUCCGCCGGUAGAAGCCAAGGUUGCCGCCAAGGAGGCUCAAGACGAAGAGGGUGAUAGUGACGAGGACGAGGAUGAUGACGAUGACGACGAAUGGAUGACUCUCAAGAGCAAAAGUAGUGAUAAGUGCAUCACUGUCGAAGGUGGAGAGGCCCUCAAAUUGGCACCCAUUGUGCUCAAACCCUGCGAUCAGUCAGCGGAUUCUCAGCUAUGGGAGCACUCUUCUGCCACACACAAAACCCACGAGGAUGAUCCCAAUCAAAUGAAGAUUGGAAUGAUUCGGUCCAAACUCAAUCCGGCCAUGUGUUUGGUCCCUUCAGGAGCUGCUCAAGCAAAUGUUCCCUUGGUGUUGUGGGACUGUGAUCCACACGAAACCUUUGGCUCGUGGACCAUGCAUUUCAAUGAUUACUCCAUUCGUACCACCAAGGAUCCACAAGUGUGUUUGGAUACGCACGAGUUGGACAGUAAUACGGCAGAAGAUGAUGAGCUCAAGCACGAUGUCGUCGUCGGUACCUGUCCAAUUGUUGGUAGCGAAACUUAUGCUGACGACUCGCAGCAAUGGGUGAUGACGGCCAUAGUGUAA